GUUCGGCCCCUUGCGGUGAAGGUAAAAGCCUACGAUCCAGUUGUUGUGGGAUUUCUUGGGUUUCGAUGACAAGGGAGCGAAUACGCUUUGCCUGAGUCUCAAGUUGUUGUCUGUUGUCCCUAAACCGCCGCCGGGUCGUCCCCUUAUAUACAUGGGUUGACGCCCGUCGGUUUACAGGGUUCCGAGGCCGGCUCAUAAACGUGUCCGGCCCGGUCUCUACUUAUUUCUGCCUUAUAAUACAAGCUUACAUAUCAAGGUCGGUUUAUGACUACAUGCCUUAGUCUGCCUUUGGGCCCUGGGCCUUCAUAAAGCGUCAACAUCUUUGUCUUCAUGGGCUUCAAAUAUAAUAACUCAUUAUAGGGAUAACCCGGCCUCGCCUGGCCGGUUUACGCCCAGUAGUAAUAUCCCCAACAUUAGGCCCCAGAUUGAUUUGAACUGGUUCAUAUCAAUCUCCAAUACUUGAGAAGAUUUCUUCUUUAGCACCUUCACAUUAGUCUCGUAAACCGCCAUGACGUCAUCUUCCAGGAUCAUGAUAAACCGCCAUGACGUCAUCUGUUAUUAAAAAAUUGCAUAUAGCUCACCUUCAUUAAUGAACCUCCGACAAUUGAGGUGACAACUCCGCCACAUAUCAAAUUUUUGGGCUCCUCAAUUUUCACGCCUGUCACUUAUCCCUUUGCCUUUAUAAAUAGGACCAGGGGGUCCUUUCCAUUUUUCCCCGUGCCUCUUCGCAUUAUCUUCUUCCUCGCGCCGACCGAACCUUCGAGCUCUGCCGACGCCGUCGAUCUUCGCAUCUGCCUCAACAACGGCCGCUGCAUCAACCUGUUCGUACCAGAAAGCCGCGGCGUCUCUCCGCUGUUCCUCUGUCAUUGGUAAGCCUUCUCUCCUUCCACCCUAGAUCUUACCAUUAGGGUUUGUACUCAUCAGAGUUCUUCGAAGUUCUUGGAGCUGUUCUUCCUUGUUCCUCUUCAGUAGUACCAAUGGCGAGUUAGAUCUGAUAUUUUUCAGUGCCCUUGUAGUUUAAACUCCUUUUUCCUCAUUAGGGCAUCUGCUUUAUAUAAAACUCAUCUGAACUUGCUGAACUGUUCGAGCACUUGAAAUUAGGUCAGAAUAUAUUUUGAUUUUCCAACGCACGACAGAUCUGAAAUUACUGCCAGGCUGUGAAACUUGUUUUUCCUUCACUUACACAUCUUAGAUCUGUAUCUUCAAUACCAGAUUAGGCGGUUUAAUCUCAUAGAAAAGUGAUGAUCCGGUAGGUACCAUUAGUCCCCUGUUGAACCGCCGAUGCAUUUAGCUUUGCACUUUCUCCAUUGUCAGACUCCGGUUUACCAAUAACAAACUCUGGUUUAAUAACAUGCAUAUAUCCUUGCACUGCUUUAUAGUUGUCCAUUGUGAAUCUUAAACCGGCAAUAAUCAUGUUUCAGCUUCCCAUUGAAAUGGCCAAGCAAGUCUAUGAAUGCAACUGGGUUCCUUCUCGGGUCACUGAAGAUCAGUUAAAUAGAUGUGUCGCAACUGGCGCUUUAGCCAAGAAAGAGGUCAUUCACUGGAGGGCCCCUGGUACGGAAAAUCCUCCUGAACCCAAGGAUGGAGACGUAAUCGUUUUUGUUGACCAUCUGGGUCGAGGCUUUAGCCCUCCCGGUUCAAAAUUCUUCCGAGAUGUGCUUGCCAGUUUUCAGCUUCAGCCUCAGGACAUCGGUCCAAACUCUGUGUCCAACAUCUGCCAUUUCCAAGUCUUUUGUGAGGCUUAUCUUCAAGAGGAGCCCACAGUUGAAUUGUUUAGGGAUUUCUUCCACUUCAACCGUCGCACAGAAUUUAUAGAUGGACCCAAUACUGAACUCGGUGGAAUGGCGGUUCAAAAAAAAGGAAGGAAGUCUGAUUCCCUCACGCCAAGCUUCAUAGUCACCCCAAGGAGUGGAACCAGACUUGGUUUUAUUGCAAAGACACAUCUCCAACUGAUGAAAAUCCUUUACCGGGUUACCGCCCUCAUCGUCUUAGCAAUACACAUCCCUUUCCUCAGAGGUUAACUGCCAAGGAAAGGGCCACCUAUGCUCCACAUCUGUCAAAGCUUAGAGCCUUCAUGGCGAAUGGUUUAACAGGUGUUGAUUUUGCUCGUUGUUGGAUAAGCUGGAGUAUUAUGCCCUUAAGCCGACGCCCCGGUUUAAUGUGUGAAUACACCGGGAGCUUGAAGGACCCUCAACGACACAUUGAUAUUCAGCUUACAGAUGAUGAAGUUACCGAGGCUGUGAAGAAGAUGCUGAAUGAACCGGAGGUUAUUUGUAGCCAGACCGGAUUAAGUCCUUUCUGUACCUCCAACAAACCGCCAGCUGGUGAGGAUCCGUUCUGGAAGAAAAAACCACAGGAUAAACCGGCAAAACCACAAGACAAACCGGCAAAGCCACUUCGCCCGAAGACCAAGGUUGUUAAAAAACCUGCCAAGAAAAGGACCACUGCGUCUUCCGAGCCAAAUGCUGAUGCCGAUGUGGCUAAUCCAGACUUAGAGGUAGAACUUGAUUCUCUUGGUUCAUUUUUCAUACACCUCAUUGACAAUGAUUAUUAUCAGGACGACGCUGAAAGCAGUCAAGCCGACGACGUAGAGGUAAUUAUCCUUUCCUCCGGUUCAGAUCCUGUGCCAACCUCGAAAAUCCGCCGAGCAAACCGGAAAGUAAAAUUUUCUCACCCCCUUGCUUACUUGGACCCAAACUUUCUUUUGAAGACGCAGCAACACGAAGCUCGCCGCACAACCCGGCACAGCGGCCAGGUAGUUACCUCCGCAGGUUUACCGAAUACUUCGGUUCGAAAACGCCGAUCAGAGGUCUCUUAUACUCUUGACACUUCUUGCCCCAAGGCGGGUUGUUUCCGUCAGCCUCUUAACCCGUCUGAUUCAAAUUAUCAGGGUACUUCCCACUCAUCUUCUGGCAAGUCAUCAGCCACAAAGCUUCCACCCCUCAAAACAGUUCCUGGUGCCAAACCAAGACCCAGCAAGAAGGCUCGGCUAACUAAACCGGCUGACGAUAAUGUGGUUGUUGAACCGGAAAAGACUCCAGAUCCGGAAGAAACCAAUGCUGACGCCAUACUUAAUGAUCCGCCGCCUCAAGACCAUGACUUCUUUGCUGAACAAGUAGAAGUUGACACCACAAGCCAUGCUGACAAGGCGACCAGCCCUGUCCGAACUGAUGAUAAACCGGUCAGUCCAGCUAAGGAUACUAAUAAACUGCCCACUCCAGUGAAGGCUGCUGAUGAUAAAGAGGAUGAUGUUAUGAUUACUAGCUUUGGCCAUACCGCUCCUGGCAAUCCUGUCGCUUUAUCCAAACACAGCGCCAAGGACGAACUUUCUACCAUGGGCAAAGGCAAAUGGAGCACAGAUCUGUCAAGCUAUGCCCACCUCAACUCCCAAGACAUUCAUUCUGGUUUUUUAAACCGUCUGUACACAAGCCGCGACUUUGAAGCCGUCUUAGUAAAUCUGAUGAAGGAGCGAUAUGAGGCUGAGCUGAGCAAAAAGGAAGCUCAAACCGCUGAUCAGCAAGAAAACAUCAAGUCCCAGCAAGCCGAAACCUCCAAAGCCAAGGAUGAGCUGUCCGGCGCUUUAGCCGCUAUGGAAAAACUGAAGGAGAGUUUCAACAAAGAGCGGGCGGAUUGGGACACAGAAAAAUCCGCUUUACAAAAAAGAGUCGAGGAUGCCGAAGCCGCUCUUAAACCGGUAGUAGAUGAGCUGACUGGCGUAAAACGGCAGAUACAUGCCAUGACUGCUGUUGUGUUCGGUAAACAUCCUUGCUUUACACUUUUAACAUAUCAUCCCAUACGUUACCGGUUUACUGACGCUUGUAAUGAUGCAGGAACUUGCAUUAGUCAUCUGGGCUCCGACGUACAGAAGAAGCUGAAGGCUGCCUACACUUUGAUAGAGCAGUUGUAUACCGGCGCGCAACGAAUCAUCUGCACCGCUUCUCACAAUAAAUCGCCCCCAAUGUUAAUCAAGGAUACCUUAGAAAGGCUGUCUAUGCUGCCUGCCCGAGUUGAAGAACUAAAGAGAUCUGCUGCAAGGGCUGGUGCUCUGACCGCACUAACCCGGGCAAAGGCAUGGGUGCCCGACCUUGAUCCGGAGGAUGUCAGCAAAGGCUAUCCGAGCUUAAAAGAAGACGGAUCAGAAUUCGGAAAUGAGGAACUCCGAGCCAUAAACCAGGAAGUACGUCCACUGGCUUGCCAAUUAGCUGAAGAAGGUGAUCUUUCACAUUAUCAGGCGAGUUAUGACAUCCACAACAAACGGGUUGCUGCACCAACUCCAGAGGUUCAAAAUCUCAUCCCGCCAAUUCGUAAGCAUACCUAUGCCCCUGACAUUGAACUGUCCACCCUUAUAAGCGACGAAGCUGUGUUCCAAGCCCUAACUGGGAUCGACUGGACAACUAUUGACUUCCAGCCACUGGGUAGAGACGAAGAGGAUGAACCGGCGCAAGAUGAUCCGCAGCCGUCAGGUCAAGAUGGUGAUGAAGCAUGAUCCGAAAGCCGGUUUAGCCUUCCGCGUGCCAUAACAAUUAUCAAAAAACAAUUAUUCUUUUGGGCACUGAAACGCCUUGUAAUAGGUAGUUAAAACACUUGGUCUGCUAUGCCAUCGUGCAUAUUUAUCUGUGCCUGACAUUUUUGCUAAUCCACCAUACUUAAGACAUCUGAUGUUCAUAAUCCAUAGCAAUUUAUUCAAGCUAUCCCUGCAGACAAGAAGUUUAAAGUGCCCUGGCGGUUUACCGCCAGACAGGUCAUGA